UUUUGAUGUUCCACCUCUACUCAGGUAGGAGUUUUAAGAUUAUAAAGAUGGGAUAAGAGGCAGCUUUUUGACAAGUUUGUGGUAAUGAACUGUGCGGGUCCAUUGUUGGAAGUUUAGUGACUAGGGGAGAGGGAAUAAUGAAGGGUGUGCUGGCGUUGUUGAUCGUUUGGUUGCGCUUAUGCGCUCCUGCCGCCCGAUUAUCCUUGGCGGACUGGAACAGCUAUAAUUACCGGGAACCUUCAGGGCCCGGAACUUACGCCUUCGGCUACGACAUCGACGACUCCGGGAGUGGAAACGUCCAGUUCCGGAACGAGGAGCGACAUCCCAACGGGACGGUGACGGGGAGUUAUGGCUACGUGGAUCCUGAGGGAAGGGUCAGGAUUGUGCGGUAUAUAGCCGACCAGAGGGGCUACAGGGCAACGGUGGAGGAAGGGCCGGAUUUGUCGAUGCUGAAGCCGCUAAAUCAAUUUCCGGGGUUUCAAGGAUAUCCGCCCUAUCGCUUUUACUUCCCACACAAUAAUUUGUAACAAUUUAUUUAUUUUAAUAAAAGUAUU